AAAAUUCUUUGAAUGUCAUCAAGUGUGGAUUUCUAUUCUCCUAUUUAUUAGUCGCCGCAUUUAUUAAGGCACAAUCUUCGACUCAUUUACUUGAACAAGUCAUUCGACGAUAUCCCAACUAACUACUUUUCAUGGGCUAACGGAAAGUUAUUUCAUUUCAGAAUGGGUCUUUGGCUUCAGGCCCCUUUGGUUUUGUUAUGCAUAGUGAUUUUGGUUUCAUCGGUGCCUACAUCAAUACAAAAACACGAGCUUGAAGAAAAUGAUUCCUUUGACAGUCAACUGAUAGAGGAUAACAGAUCUCAUUUUCGAGAACGCCAGUCUGGUAACAGGCUUGGAUCUGAUAAAAAUGAUUCAUUACCUGGUGAAAGACGGUCACGUAGGCGUCGCAGAAAGCAUAACCGAAAUUGUGAACAACCAGGCCAAUGUCCUGAAGGUGGUGCUAAUUGGAGACGGCCACAUAGACGUGGAAAAAAACAUCGUACACGAUGCAGUGGUGAUGGUGAUUGUCCUGAGGGUCAAAUGUGUAAGGAACGUCGUCACAGAGGACGUAAACAUCAAACACGUGGUGUUCCGCCACCUUCCGGCAGUUUAUCUCCAUCCUCACACAGUGGACUAAAAGUUGGGAAGAAAUUUUGUCGUGAGAGAAAAAGUGGAGUACAUAGAAGAUCAGGAAUCCUGUAAUUCGUAUCAAGGAACAUAAUCAUUAGUAUUCAAAGGAACUUCGUUUAUACUAGUUUAUACUAUUCAUAUAUAUAUAUAUAUAAUAUAUAUAUAUAUAUAUAUAUAUAUAUAUAUAUAUAUAUAUAUAUAUAUCCUAAUAUUUCCUUAUUUAUUGUUUUCCUGUUGUUUUUUUCUAUAGAAAUUUGUCUGUUUAUCUUCGAACUGACUUUUGUUCAAAAAGUAUACAACACUACAUUCACCCAUUCAUCCAUAUACUCAAUUUAAUCCAUUGCAAAAAAAGUAAUUUUACUUAUUGUGUUUGCGAUCCUAUUUCAUGUUUUAUCAACUCAUUCAGUCAUUAAGCAUUUAAUUCCUUAUCCCCACUGCUCGAUUUUACCCUUGCAAUUUUACUCAGUUUUAUUUUUGCUUGUUUUUGUUUAUAUUUUGCCUUAACUGGUCUUUUUUUGUCAUUGAAAUGUGUGUGUACACGUAUGUAGUUUUGUUUCUUAUAUUUGCUUUUAUUACAGUUCUCAGUAAUUUCCGAUGGGAAAUAUGAAUUACUCAAUGUUGCCAAUAUAAAAAAUACACGAUA